UCAUUCCAGCUGUCGACAGGACCAUGGAACCAAGUAGUACAGGUGAGCAAUCAGCUCUUUCUAUCAUUUAAAGCAGGCCUACACAACAUGUAAGAUGGGCCGUAAUACCUUAUGAAAAAAUUGUGCCAGUCAAUAGAAAAUAGGACAGUGGGAAAUCUAUUAAGAAAAUAAUUAGAAUAAAGAAUAGUUCGUUAACUUGCGGGCCGCAAAGUGGGUGCUGGCGGGCCGCAUGUAACCUACACAUCCAACCAAAUACACAAUUGAAACUACACAAUUAAGGGAAUUUCAAUAAUUAACAUUUAAAACUCAUUUCAGCUGUCGUCAGUACCAUUGCCCCAAAUAGUACAGGUAAGCCAUCAGUUGUUUCAAUCUCUAUCAAAAGAUUAAAUAUUUUUAAAAUGGUCGAGUCAUAAUGUUUUAGAUCUUGAUCAUGACAAUAAUACUAGUAAUUAUAAUACGGCAUCGGCAUUAUAUUCAUAAUAGCAUUUCCUCUACCCUAAAUAUAAGAAGUAUUAUUAUUAUAUUAGACAUUUAUAUUAUAACAAAGAAUAAUCAAUGAAAAUGUUGACAUUGACAAACAUUUCUAAGAUGUAUUUUGUUAAAAUCACAAUUCAUUAAUUGAUAUUUGGAUAUUUGCCACUUUUGUAAUUGCGCAAUAUAUAAUUAUGACAAUAGUAAUUAUGAUGUAUGUGAUUGUAACUAUGUAAUUCUGACAUAUGCUAUCGUUACCUUUAUAAAAAUAACCUAUGUUAUUGUGACCUAUGUAAAUGUAACUUAUGUUAUUGUUAAAUAUAAAAUUUUGACUCAUUUAAUUUCGCCCAAGUUACUAUGAUAUAUUCAAUGUUUGCAUACGUAAUUGUGUCUAUGUAAUUUUAACGUAUGUAAAAAUGACUUAUGUAAUUUAGACUUAUGUAAUUGUGACUUGUGUUAUUUUACCUUUGUAAUAAUGACCUAUAUAAUUUUGUUUGAUGUAUUUGUAACCUAUGUAUUUCAGACGUGUUUUAUUAAUACAUAUUUGACCAAUUCUAAGUAUUACUUCCAAUUAUUGUGUUAAAUGAUGCUUUAAGAUUAGUACGGUAUUAAAUUGUGAUAAAUUAUAAAGAUUCACACAAUCACGAUUCAAUAAUUUAGUGAUGGAUGCAAAUUAUAAAAGAGUUUGAUACGUACUAUAAAACUCAAACACUAAAAUGUUUAGCUGUUUAAAACCAAAGAACAGAUGGCACUUUUCAAUAAUUUUUUUUUAUUUUGUGUACAUGCGUGUGUGUGUGUGUGUUUGUUUUAGUGACGUUAGCUAUUAAGAUUUAGGAACUGUCAUUCAUCUACUGAAACCUACAUCUCAGGCGAUGCAAUAUUGUUUAUAACACGCUCCAAGACAACCAACAUCGACUAUUAUUUUAUAUAUAUAACAGGGCCCAAGGACACAAACAUUGACAAUUUAUAAUCACAAAUUUCCGUGAUAGAAAGUUGGACAUUGGAGCCCGGAGCCCAUACUGAAAAAUGAGUUAAACUAUUCAGAAUUUAACUUUUAGGUUCAACACAAUUUAGACGUUUAAGUAAACUUUGAAAAAAAGAUUUUUUUUUUGCUCAGUCUUGUUAUGAUGUACAGCGUGCUUUACAAAGGAUUACCACAUGUAAAUGAUCACAAUUGAAGUCAUUAUUAUCACCAAUAAUGCGAAGAUUUCUCAUAAAAGCAAAAUAAACCUUCUUGCUGUUAUUUUUUCCGAGGUUAGAUGUGUCUCCAAUAACACUAUGCAACGCAAGUGCUGACAUAGUCUUUGUCCUUGACGCUUCUGGAAGUAUCGGUGAUGACCAGUACAGAAUGGUCCUCUCGUUCGUCAAAAAUUUUAUCAACAGUUCUACAUCUGGAAGUUCGUCGGACCUAAGAUUCGGAUUGGUUAUAUUCAGUGACGAUGUCCAGACAAUAUUUGACCUGGAAUCCUACAAUGAUAUACAGGAACUUAAUGAGGUAAACAGGAAGUAUACAAUGUCUUAUAUGAGUAAACAAUGAAGAAAAAAAAAUUAUCUUUGUUUUAAAGGUAUGCAUAAAUAGUCACUUAGGGUGAUAAAAUUUCUAAAUUAUACCACAUAAGUCCACGAAGUCGCCUUAUUAAAAAAUCAAACUAGAUAACCAUUAAACUUUCAAUAAUAGAAACAGCUUCUUGUUGGUAGAAAUGAAUUUAAUUGAAAUAAUUUUGAUGGCGAAUGUAACAUCGGUUCAUCCAAACGGUGAGCCAGUCAUCUAGUUGCUCAAGAGAUCAAGAGGCUCAAGUUGCCAAUUGGCUCAAUUUUACCAAGUGGCUCAAAGUAUCAAAACAAGUGUUUUGUUUGUUUUGUUGUUCUUUUUUGCCUAGGACGCACGGGUUAUUUUUUGCCCUUAACACACUAAUUUUUAUAACUGCCCAAACAUGCCGCAUGCUACAACUGCCUAAGACACACUGCUUGUUACAACUGUGUUACGCAUUGCAUUCUAUAUGGAGAAAUUAAUCUUAUCUUAAUCUCUUAUCUUAAGUUUAUUGCUUGUUCUAAACAGUGCAUAACAAGGGACAAUGCCAUAUAAGAAUUACAAUAGCAACAAUACGACUCUCAAAACAUUUGCUAAUUACAAUUAAUAAGAUUUCUUUAAGUAUCAAUAUAAUUAAAAAUAAAAGAAAUAUAAUUAAAAGUCAUCAACUUACAGAGUUGUAUAUGUCUUGUACCGAUACACAGUUAAUGCAAUGUGCCAAAAUAAUGUACAAUGAUCAAUACGAAAAGACACACAGAAUACACCCUUGUCUCGUGAAGUCAAAAUAUCUUUUUUUUUUCAAUAUUUCUCUCUUUGCUUUUAUCGUCUGUUCUACCAAAAAUACGGGGCGUAUUCCGGAUUGUACUAGUAACUAGAACAUUCCACAAUCAACUAUAAUUUUCUAAGGCCUUCGACUCAACCAAAAUAAGCGAGAGCUUAAAUUGUGAUAAAUAAGAUCAAAGGGAAUAAGCUACGCCCAAUACGAAAACAUCCUAAUUUGGGGUCAGACAGAGUUCACGGCAUGGGGAAAGUGACGUUAAAACGUCGUCUACAUAAAAAAAUUGCCUCAAACAAACUGCGUGUUACAAACUGCCUUAAACGAGCUGCGUGUUACAACUGCCUAAAACGAGCUGCGUGUUACAACUGCUUCAAACAAGCUGCUUGGUAAAACACACUGUUUAACUAAUAUCAUGUAAAACCUUAACAUCCUUCGACUCCGCUUCUAACUUGCAUCAGGUGAUAGAUGACGCUCCCUACCCUGGUGGAUUCACAUACACAGACAAAGGUUUGAACAUGGCAAGACAAAUAUUCUUACAACAUGGACGUGUAAACUAUCCCCAUGUUAUUAUACUCAUGACAGAUGGAUAUUCCACUUCUAGAAAUGAGAGUAAGUUCAAAUAAUACUCGUUCUAGGAUUUUGUUUUUCUCUCAGAGAAUACAUUAAUUUUUAAAACUUAUAUAAAAUGCAAGUAGUAAUUCUUACAUUAAGGGUUAUUUAUGCUAAGUAACUAAUAUUAUCAAUAUUUUCUUUGUUAAGUUUAGUUUUUUAAGUGAAUUAAGAACUAUAUAUAUUUUUUUUUAAAUUAAUAAAUGAAUAAAAGGGCAAUGGCAGAUUUAGGGUAAUUUGGCUUUAAUAAAAAAAAAAAAAACUUUAUUCAACGUAUUAUUGUGACCAUGGCCUUAUCAUUUAAAUGAGACUAAGAUUGUGUAUACUUAGUGUAUAUGUGUCGAUACUUAUUGUAUCUGUAUUCAUACCAAGUGCAUAGCUUUUAUACUUAUUUUAUUUGUGUUUGUGUCUGAGUAUACUUAGAGUAUGAAGGGUAUACUUUGUGUAUGAUCUUGUAUACUUCGUGUAUGAGUGUGUAAACUUAGUGUAAAAUAUAUAUACUUUGUGUAUAGGUAUAUAUACUGAGUGUCUGAGUGUGUAUAAGGCUUAUACUUUAUUUAUGAUGUGCUUUUUUUUAUAUGAUUUUGUAUACUUAGUAUUUCAGUGUGUAAACUUAGUGUUUUAAAAGUAUACACAGUGUUUUGUGUUAAACGUAUGUUUUGAUGUAUAUGUGAGUGGGUAUAUUUAAGUCUAAGAUAUGUAUAAUAUGUGUUUAAGGGAUACAUUUAGUGUAAAAGUAUGUUUACAAUAACAUAAUUAGAAAUCAAAAGACCAUUUCUAAAGGAAGUUCAGAACUAUUUUUUGCGUGGUCACCGCCAGCAGGCCAUUAUGAGAAAAUAAUAAUGAUGUACUUUGGUGAUACGUCUGUUGGAUUCUGUGGUUGAGUUUUCUCUUUUGUGUUCUGUCGGUGCUAUUUAGUGAUCUGUGUGUGUUGUAUAUUUGUGGUCUAUGUAAAAUUCAGUAGAAUAACCGACAUAUUUGUUCUUCAAAUAUUAAAAAAAAUAUAUGUCUGGUUAUGCUUUUUUUUUUUAAGGCGCUGGAACUGAAAAUAUUGAACUUUUGUAUUGAAACAACUUUAAAAAAUCUGAACAAAUGUUUCCGAAAUGAGCAAUGCUUGGGUAAUAGUGAGUAGGAGUGAGCAGUGCUUGGGUAAUAGUGAGAAGGAGAGUUGUGUAGUUUUUAGUCAAUGUUAAUAAAACACGUUACUAACCAUGUCAGUGAGUAUUCUAUUUGUCAAUCUCAGCUGUAUUCUAUUUGUCAAUCUCAGCUGUAUUCUAAUUUGUCAAUCUCAGCUGUAUUCUAUUUGUCAAUCUCAGCUGUAUUCUAAUUUGUCACUCUCAGCUGUAUUCUAUUUGUCAAUCUCAGCUGUAUUCUAAUUUGUCAAUCUCAGCUGUAUUCUAUUUGUCAAUCUCAGCUGUAUUCUAAUUUGUCAAUCUCAGCUGUAUUCUAAUUUGUCAAUCUCAGCUGUAUUCUAAUUUGUCAAUCUCAGCUGUAUUCUAAUUUGUCAAUCUCAGCUGUAUUCUAAUUUGUCAAUCUCAGCUGUAUUCUAAUUUGUCAAUCUCAGCUGUAUUCUAAUUUGUCAAUCUCAGCUGUAUUCUAAUUUGUCAAUCUCAGCUGUAUUCUAAUUUGUCAAUCUCAGCUGUAUUCUAAUUUGUCAAUCUCAGCUGUAUUCUAAUUUGUCAAUCUCAGCUGUAUUCUAAUUUGUCAAUCUCAGCUGUAUUCUAAUUUGUCAAUCUCAGCUCUGCUAGAGGCAAAAGGUCUGAGAGUCAAUAACAUCACAACGAUAUCGAUCGGAUUUGGAGACAUAAUCGAUGAGUCCGAGCUCAAUGACAUCAGCGAGCCCACCGACGUUUUCAUGGUCAAUGACUAUAAUAAAUUAGAUUACAUUCUUGGCCAACUUCUCAAUAAACUUUGUCCAAGUAAGUGGACCUUUCCAUGUUUUCUCAAACAAUUAUUUUAAUGUAAGUUGACAUUUAAACGCCUUCUUAAAAAUUGAUGUUAAAAUGUGUAGCAAUUUAAAUGUUUUCUCAAAUAUUGUGUCACAAAGUAAACAUUUCAAUGCCUUAUAAUAAAAUUAUAAGAAGUGUUGGGCUGCGAUAAAGCUUUAAAUAGAUUAAAAAGACACGAACAAAUAGUGUCAAUAUAACAAUAAAGUAAAGAGAAGUAGAAAGGAAAUCUACUUCUCUUUACUUUGUUUUUGUCUGGUUUUAGCGCCCUCUCCUAUAUUUUUUCUGUUUUAGGUAGGAUAUGUAUAUUGAUAUUAUGUAAAUUUAAUUUAUACUUAUUUGAAGGUGUUUUGUUUGUUUGUACUGAUGAAGGCAUGUGCCGAAACGUUUAAUUAUGUAUGAUGUAUAAUUAUUAUUAAAGCUAACCCAUAUUGUUAUAUUGACACUAUUUGUUCGUGUCUUUUUAAUCUAUAAUAAAAUUAUGCCGAUUAUGUAAACAUUUUGAAGUGUACUCAAAACAUUAUGCCAAGUAAGUGGAAAUUUCGAUUUCUCCUUAAAAAUGUAUGUCAAAGUAAGUGGAUAUUUUAAUAUCUGCUCAGUAUGUUAUGUCAAAAUAGUUGAAUGUAAAUGUCUUCUCGAUAAAUUCUGUCAUAAAGUGGCCAAUUCAAUAUCGUUUAAAUAAAUUCUGUCAAAAUAUGUCGGCAUUUAAAUUCUUUUGUUCUAUUUCUUAUGUAUCAAUCUAUGACAUUUUAAAGUAAGUGUAAAUUCAUAGCCUUGUUUCAUGUAUUUUAGCCUUUAUCAAAGUGUAUUUAAUGUUAAUGAAAAGAGUAUUUUGUAACAAAUUAUGUGUUACGUUUUUAACAAAAAAUGUUGUAAUAAUAAUUUUAACAAUUAAACACAUGCUGCUGCAAAAAUAAUUGGCAAUUCAUAUUAUACCUCCAUCCACACAUCCACCGACACUCGUAAAAUUACUAAAAUUAACAUAUUCUAACUCAUUUUAGCUGUCGUCAGUACCAUGGCACCAAGUAGUACAG